AAUUUUUAUCGUUGGUGCGAUGAAGCUUACGAGGAGAUGGAUUCCACAUUAGUGGUUCAGCAGUAUAUUCAGCAGACCAUCCGCCUUGAUGCAAACAACAUUGACGCCAUAUUGAAUGCACCCGAGUCUCAGGAUGAAGGAGUCUGGAAGUAUGAACAUCUUAGACAGUUUUGCAUGGAACUAAAUGGUUUAGCAGUGCGACUUCAAGGAGAGUGCCAGCCAUCUACAUGCACGCAAAUGACAGCCACUGAGCAGUGGAUAUUCUUAUGUGCAGCACACAAAACUCCCAAGGAGUGCCCUGCCAUAGACUACACUCGCCAUACUUUGGAUGGAGCUGCUUGCUUAUUAAAUUCUAACAAAUAUUUCCCUAGUCGAGUAAGCAUAAAAGAAUCUUCUGUGGCUAAGUUAGGUUCCGUCUGCCGUAGAGUGUACAGGAUAUUCUCUCAUGCUUAUUUCCACCAUAGGGCUAUCUUUGAUGAAUUUGAGGUUGAAACUGCUUUAUGCCGCCGCUUCACCGUAUUUGUAACCAAGUACAAUCUCAUGUCCAGGGAUAACCUUAUUGUUCCCAUUCUGGAAGAUGAAAGCGCAGGCCAAGGAGAAUCAGAGGCCUAGGCCUGCUAGCUAGAUUAUAUCCUUCAAGCAAAUUUAUUGCAGUAACUCACAAUUCUUCAUAUCUCCAUAUGCUUGAUUUAGUUUUGAGCACUAUUUAUGUUUUGUCAGUGGUAAUGCUGAGUGUUAGUUGUUUCUUAUUUCUUGCAUAGCUAAUACUGUUUGUUGUUGAUUGUAUUCUUUUCCUAAAGAUUCAUUGGCUUGUGUUGAGCAGCACAUGUAUUUAUAUUUCAUACAUUGUAUUCUGGAAAAUACAAUUGACUUUUAUUCAUGGAUAUGUUAACAGGUUUUGAUAUAUCUUAGUAAAAUAUAUGCAUGAAAAGUUCAUGUGUCUUGCACUGAUUAUGGAAAUCUCAUAUUCUAAGUAGGUUCUCUUAUUCACAGAGUGGUAUUGAAAUUAUAAGAUUAAUAUCAAGGAUUAUAACUCAUUUAAAUAUUUCAUUUUUCAUUACAGAAUUUGAUAAUUCUGCAAGUCUCUAGUUAGAAUUUGUUCUACUUUCCUUUUUAUUCUGAAUGCUGAAAUUUUUUAUAGAUGUUGAAAACGUAUUGUAGCCAUAUAGUAUUCUCUGGAAUCAUAUACAGUACAUAAUAGGAAUGCACAUUCUAUUCUGAUUUAGACUUUUUCGAAGAUGCCAAAAAUGAUCUAACACUGCUGAGUUACUUCAAGAUCUUAAUAUACAUACCUUGUAUUACACUGUCUGUACUUUGGUCCUUCAGGUUUGUAUGGCUAUACCUUUGUUAAAACAUUUAUUAUGCAGACAUGUUAUCAAAGAAGAGUGUGGUCCUUAAAGUUAUAUAUGCAUUCUUUCAACUGCUUAUGUGUAUUGUUUUGAAAUGUGUUUGUAUUGUUAAUGGGGUGGGGGACAAUUUUCUUUUCAUUCAUUUAUUCCUUUUAUUAGCUUACUUGGUUUAUUCAGAUUUAAAUAUUUAAAGACAAUUUCAUAUAUAACAAUAUAUUUGUACAGUACUCUAGUAUUAAUGCAGCUUUGUCUUCAAAGUUUCUGUCACGGUCAUAUUUAUUUCACAAACUGUUUGGUGCUUUUUAACUUAUACCUUCUGUCAAUUUCUUAUGUAUCCUAAUUUUCUUUUGCCUGAUUUGCCAUCACCCAUAAUGGGUGGUGUACUUGCAAACUUUUUAAGGUCAACUUAUGUGUAAUUUUUUUGCAUGGUAUUGUACGAGACAGAUGAUGCCAUGUACAGUGAAUCCACACUAUUCGUGUUUUUGUAUUAAGUUAGAAUCACCAUAUUCUUCAUAUGUAUUUAUUAUUGUUCAGAAAUUUUGGAAAAGCUUCGCACUAAAGAUUUUUCCAUUCAUCAAAAUUAUUGCCAAAUUUAAUGAACUAUUUUGGUGGCAUAUCAGAGCAGUUUUUAGAAGGUUCUUUCCUCCCUACGUGAAUGAAAAUGUAAUAGACCAACUUAUAGAAAUUUCAGGUUGUGGUUUUUUGUGUUCAGCUAAACAGCUGUAGCAGUUGUGUCAAUGUAGUGAACAAAUCCCAACAGUUAUUUAUUGCAACAUGGAAGAAACAAAUAACAUUCCAAAGAUUGUUUAUGCCAUAAUACAGUAUCUAAUACACUCCCAGUCAGCUUGUAGUCUCUAUACAUGUAUAAGAAGUGUGUUCAUAUAACUUCAGAAUCAUCAUAUUGGUUUUUAUAUUUUGUUCUUAUUGUAUUUAAAAAGUUUGCUGAUGUUAUAAAGUAUUCACUCAUUUGUAAUAGUGUACAUGGAUGUAAGAGCCUUAGUUGUCUAGAUUACUUCAUGGGUUUACCUUGUUGUAAUUUCUACUUAAUACAGAAAAUUAGGAAGGUAUAAUUUGUUGCCUUGAUACAGCCUUCAUCUCUUCAUUUUAUAUAUGUAGCUAAGAUUGCUAUGAGUGCAGCGCUGCACUUUGAACUCGAUAUAAUAUAAAGGUUAGCAUUUGACGAGGUUUUACCUCCUGAAAGUAAGAAGAGGCUCUGACCAAUUUUCCGUUUCCUUUAGCGAAAGGUUUUUUACGCCUCUGCAUAACGUGUUUUGUAAGUAGAUAGAUGAGACAUAGGUAAUGUUUCGAAAUGGAGUAGUUAAUAAUAAAGGUGUGUAAAUAGUAUUUCUAAUUUGUGUGAUGUUUUUUCUUCUGUAAAUGCUCUCUAUAAAUAAUCAAGAGCCUUGGACUUUCAUACAUUAUUCAUGAUCAAAUAAGCAGUUGUAUAUAGAAAAUUGAUAAAAUUGCCAAGCAGUGGUG